AUGACGAAGGAGCAGUUUCAGGAACACAUGCAACAGCUCCAGCGCAAGUUCAAGCGGAAGUUGGAUAUUGCCCAGACAGAACAUCGUGGUUUAUCUUUGGGGCAGUUGCACGAAAUCCAGAGCUUUGCACAAGAACACUGCGGCCUUUGGCGUGACUUAGCGCCAGCCGAAUAUUCAAAGACAUCUGGACAAACGUUACAGAUGGAUUUCCUGAACCUCUACCACCUCUGCACUUGGUGUAUCCUCCCUGCUACACAUGUGGAAAACUGCAGCUUCGUGGAGCUUUUGGCAGAUGGAGAUCAGAUACCCAACUGGUUCUGCAGCCAUUGGUGGGGUGAGCCCAUCCAAGACUUCAUUUGCUGCGUGGAAGCCCAUCAAACCCUGCGGCAAAGCGACCUCUAUUGGAUAUGUGCCUAUGCGAAUCGGCAGCACUCCUUGCACGAGGAGCUCGUUACUGAUCCAUCAGAGACCAGCUUCUACAAGGCGAUGCGUUUGUCAAAGGGCGUGCUGAUCAUACUUGACGAACUGGGUCCAGCAACUCCUUUCACUCGAAUUUGGUGCGCAUUCGAAGCUUAUGUGGCACUUGUGGACAGGCCUCAAGAAGAGGUGAUGCUCCUUGACAUAUCUUGCUAUCAUGACAAGACCACCUACAUCUUGACAGAUGGGCUGGCUGCCAAUGAAGCUAAGAUUCAGGAGCGGGGUAAUGAACUCAGUGCUCUGGCCUUGGCACAGUCACUGAAGUCACUUCGGGAGAUGUGCUUUCCCGUUGCAGUUUUUGAGCGUGGCCUAUCGCUAGAGCUACAUCAUGCUCAAGCUUCACGAGACCUUGACCGGCGCAGGAUUCUGAACAGCUUCGUGGGCCGUACGGGGGAAGGCUUGGAUGAGGAACCGUACAUGAGCCAUCCAAAGUAUGAUGAAGUCAACAUUCGCCUCCGCUCAGUUCUAGCCCUGGCUGCCUGGAACCAGAUGGCAACCUCACAGUCCAAGCAAUUGUUCUUGGACGUCGCUGCAUGCCUGGCAGCAGACCGGUGGAGGGAUACUUUGACUUUCGACCUCAGUCGGCUGCCCACUGCAGGCGAUGUUGCGUUGCAGGGUGUUGGCCAAAGUUUGCCUCCGCAGCUGCAACAGCUGAAGCUGGACUGCUCGAGCUGUUCCAAGUUGACUUCUUCUGGCUUUGAGGCUUUUGCAGAGAAUCUCCCCCAAGGCCUCACGAGCCUCAUGCUCAACCUGUCAAGAUGCGAGGGCCUCUCAGACAAAGAUGUUGCUGUGCUCGUGGCCCACAUGCCGCGGACACUUCAGAAGCUGGAUUUGUGGCUGGCCCAAUGCAGCAUCACUGAUAUCAGCCUCGCUGCCUUGGCAGAUGGCAUACAGAUGGCAUUGCUGGAGCUGAAGGAGCUGAAAGUGAAUCUCUGCAACUGUUCAAAGAUUGGUGAUCCUGGCCUGGCAGCGCUGGGCAGCAGGCUACCAAGCUCGCUCCGGUACUUGAAGGUGGUCUUAGCGGGACGGCAGCGGUUGACGGAUGCUGGCCUAGCUGCCCUUCUCCGCCAGUUGCCGCCAGAUGUUGAGGAAGUCGAAGUAGCACUGGUGCAGUCCGACUGGCUCACUGAUGCUGGCUUUGCUGCGGCCAUUGCAGCACUGCCUCCUUCACUGCAGCAAGCUACUCUUCGGGCCGACAUUUGUUCGGGCUUGUCCCUGGCAGCAAGGAGAGUGUCUGGCCAGCCUUUGGUGUCCUUGCGUGCAUGGAUGGAGGCUUCUGGGGAAGUUCCUGCUUCUCCUGCAAACUGUGCUGCUGCACUUUUCGAUGAAGCGCGCGGGCUGCUUGAGGCCAAAGGGAAGGGAAGGAUAGCCACCCCAGAGCUGGAGGAUGGUUGGAGCCUCUCCUUGCCCAUCCCGCAAGACCAGUUGGAUCUAGUCCUGCCUUCGUUGAUCUUCGGCUUGAGGCAUGCAUCCCACUUGCAGCAUUUGGCACUCGACUUCCAGGAUUGUCCAGACUUCGGAGACGAGGAGCUGGAGAGCUUGGUGAGCGCUCUGCCGUCUGGCUUGCUGACGCUGAACUUGUGUUUGUGGGGUCUUGGCAAGAUUUCUUCGGCUGGCACUCGUGCUCUUUCAGCUGCGCUGCCUUCAGCGCUCAGCGACUUCACGCUCAUGUUAGGCGGCAGAUAUUGCGAUGUAGCCUCUGCUUUGGCUACCUUGGCUUUGAGUCGUACCCAGUUGACAAAGCUCACAGUCUACGUAAGCUCGCUCAACGAUGAGUCGCUGGCAACUUUUGUGUUCAACCUGCCAAGCUGCCUCCAGCACUUGAGCCUAACGCUCAUGGAAGGCUAUUGGCUUUCGGAUGCUGGUUUAGCAGCUUUAGCUGCCUACUUGCCAGACGCUGUGGUGUUGAAGCUGGAGUUGAAUACAGGGACUGACCUAUCGCAAUCCGCACUCGAGGUGGCCAGAUCCGCAACUCGAGAGUCUUUGCAAGCUUGGUUGAAGUCCUCCGGGGCACAGCCUGCCAAGGCUUCGGGCGUCUAA